CAACCGCGUGCCGGGUUCUAAUACGCAAAUUAUUCGAGAUUCGAGAGAAAAUUUCGAAUUUCGAAUCUCGGAUGGAUUUUUGUUUGCCUUUCGGAUGACGUCCCAAGAUUUUUAUUGUGCCGUGUAAAUUGUUUGUGGCGACGCCGCGGGUCAAAAUUAGAGCGCUAAAAAUACGGAAGGAGUACCUAUAAAAAGAUAAUUCGAACACGCUUUUCAAAUUGCGUCGAAAUAUAUCCAAAAUUACCGAUCGGUUUCGAUAGCUGAAGAUAAGUAAACAAGAUAUGUAAACGACAAACAUGUAAAUUUCGAAACACGAAAAACACUCUCCGCCCUAGUUACUGGUGUUCUAUUAAAAUAAACCUCGUCAUCUAUCGGGCAAUUGUGCCACGAAAUUAAUUCCUCGAGUAGCUUAUCUCGCACUCGAAGCGAACUCGAAAAGUCCACCAGAUAAAUUCGAACAUCCACACCCGAACGAGAGCACGGCCAACAAUGAACGCGUCGAAUCUGACAGUUAUCCUGUUCUGCGCCCUUAUCCAGCUCAUCCAGGCCGCGUACGACCCGACAUGGGACAGCUUGGACAAGAGACCGCUGCCCCGCUGGUACGACGACGCCAAAUUCGGCAUCUUCAUCCACUGGGGCGUGUUCUCGGUGCCCAGUUUCGGCACCGAAUGGUUCUGGAACGAAUGGAAAGGUAACAACAAGCCCUUCGUGGACUUCAUGAAGACCAACUACCCCGAUAGAUUCACCUACCAGGAUUUCGCCAAGGAGUUCUCGGCGGAGUUCUACGACCCGAACCAAUGGGCUGAUAUAUUCGCCAAAUCCGGAGCGAAGUAUGUUGUACUGACCAGCAAGCAUCACGAAGGGUACACUCUGUGGCCAUCGAAGUACUCCUACAGCUGGAACGCCGUCGAUGUCGGUCCAGGAAGAAAUGUUCUGGGCGAUUUGGCGACGGCGGUGCGAGCGAAGAACCUCACCUUCGGCGUGUACCACUCGCUCUACGAAUGGUACAACCCCAUCUACGCCUCCGACAAGGCCUCGCAGUGGAAGUCGCGGGAAUUCGUCGACAACAAAAUCCUGCCGGAGAUGAAGGAGCUGGUGGAAGCCUACCACCCGUCCAUCGUAUGGUCGGACGGCGACUGGGAGGCCCCGGACACCUACUGGAAGUCCACCGAAUUCCUCGCUUGGCUCUACAACGACAGCCCGGUCAAAGACUACGUCGUGGUGAACGAUAGAUGGGGCAAGGGCACCAACUGCCAGCACGGCGACAUUUACACCUGCUCCGAUCGGUACAAUCCCGGCACGCUGCAGCCGCACAAGUGGGAGAACGCCAUGACCAUCGACAAGGCCUCCUGGGGGUUCCGCAGGAACGCCAACAUCGCCGACUACUGUUCCGCCAUCGAGCUGCUCACCCAGCUGGUGUCGACCGUCAGUUGCGGCGGUAACUUGCUCAUGAACGUCGGCCCGACCAAGGAGGGCACCAUAGCGCCUAUUUUCCAGGAGCGUCUGGCUGAAGUGGGCGAAUGGCUGGCCAUAAACGGGGAGGCGAUAUACGGCUCGAGGCCGUGGACGGCGCAAAACGAUACUAUGACUUAUGGAGUGUGGUACACCAAGAAGGACACGACUGUUUACGCGAUUUCCUUGCACUGGACGUGGGACGGGUCUGAUGGUUUUAUGGAAUUGGCUUCGGCGAGGGACCUGUUCGAGAAGAAUCCCCAUACUGCUGUUUAUAUGCUGGGUAAUGAGAGCGAUGGACCGCUUUCGUGGUCGUUGACCGAUAAAAGCGUUAAAAUCAAAUUUCCAGAUAUGGCUAUCGUGAAGAGCCGAUGGGCUUAUACGCUAAAAAUCGUUCCGAUGGCUUAAAUUUCAACAACACGAACUCAAUAAUAAACAUUAUAAAUAUAUCAAACAGCGAACAGGAACUUUUAUUUACAGGAAUACUUACUAUCAAUACCACUGUACCUACAAAGAAAUGAAUGUUGACUACUUAUCUUAUUACAAUCCUCCUACAUUUACUAGUACAUUUUUAUUCAAACCAUUGUUCAUAGAUAAUCCAGAUACUCCUCGGAAAAUCGUAUUUUCCUUAACAAAUCGAUG